AUGCAUGUGACGAAGGUAUUGAAAACCACAGUACCUGCUCUUGUUGAGCUCAACGUGCUCAAGAACCUUACUGGCUCUGCUGUAGCUGGUGACCUUGGUGGCUUUAAUGCCCAUGCCGCCAAUAUAAUCUCUGCUAUUUACAUAGCCACUGGGCAGGAUCCGGCGCAAAAAAUUGAAAGUUCUCACUGCAUCACUAUGACGGAGGCUGUCAACAAUGGGAACGAUCUUCAUAUAUCUGUCACAAUGCCUUCCAUUGAGGUUGGCACUGUUGGAGGUGGAACCCAAUUAGCAUCACAAUCUGCUUGCCUCAACUUGCUUGGGGUAAAAGGUGCAAACAAAGAGUCCCCAGGGUCGAAUUCCCAGCUCCUGGCCACCGUAGUUGCUGGUUCUGUCUUGGCAGGUGAGCUCUCUUUGAUGUCCGCCAUUGCAGCUGGCCAACUUGUCAAAAGUCACAUGAAAUACAACAGAUCGAGCAGGGAUGUGACGAAAAUUGGCUCCUAG